GUUGAACUCGAUUAGUUUAUCCUCUUCUUGAUUUGUCGACGGUCUGCCAGUUGUUAACCAGACUUUGUCUCAUCCGAUGCCCAAUGCUCCCUCUAAUUCUCUAAUAGGAUAUGAUUGAAGUCAGACGAGGUUUAUCCAGUUAUCACAAAUGCACGACAAGCUGUUGGAAUCAGCUGGCUACGUAAUGGUCUAUACACAGAUCCAGAAGAAUGGGAUCGCUCGGUCCAGCCGUGAUACCCUGGUGUUACCACUCUCAUUACUGCAUUCAAGUGCAGGGAUUUGAAGUCCCAAACAACGCGCCCAACGCCCCAGUGAGUUUUCCUGUGCUUCUCUUACAAUAUUGGGAUAGAUAGGUAUAGCAAUAGCAUGUAGUCAAAGUCAACGCGCUCUGGACAGACAGAUAUACACCACUUCCUGGUUCGUUGGACGAAGUGUGUCAAGUAAGGGGCAGCACUCAGCACCCCGCCACUUCUGAGCAAAUUGGAUGAGGGAGGCCACGGUUUUCGUAGCAACAAGGGGAGUUGUUUCAAGCCAGAGCCACUUUGCCUAUCAUGGUCCUUCGGGCACCUUCAAUCUGCGGACAGGUUGGGUUGGAGCCUGGAAACUGGCCACUAGGGUUUCGCGGCUGGGGUGGCGAUAUGAUGCGUGAAGCUUCCUGUGUCAACAAAUGUCAUGGAUGGCCAUGUGAAGGACCUAGAUUUGUAUGCGAUUGUCUGAUGUGUAUUUGACAAAGAGGCUUGAUGAUGCAGCACCAAAAAAGGUCAGAGUUUUUCCCCUAAUGCGUAACAUCACAUGACCUGCCAACGCAUCCAUCCAUCAAGGGUGAAAAUAAUGCCGUAACUAUUUGGACACGGGAAAUAGAUAAUCCAGAGUCUAGACCAAACAAGGAAGGCGGCUGAACCUUUUUUUGGCAACAAGCAAGUCACCGGACUUGCAUCAUCGCUGACUUAGACUACUCCGUACACUAACACCUACACUUACACUACACUUACACUACACUACAACUACACUACACUACUUGCUUCUUCUUAGAUUAUUUCAUCAUCACCAACAUCUGGCUGAGAUUUGUUGUUCAUGAUUCACCCUGUCUGCUAGACGCCAAUCCCAGGUUUCUUGUCAACAUUCCUGUCUGAUUCACUCUAUAAUAAGACAUUUAUCUCUUCCCUGCCCUUUCUUCCUUUCUUUCUUCCUUCCUCCCUUUCCUCCCUUUCUUCCCCUUCUCCUCCUUCUCCCCUUCUUCUCCAUUUGUCCCCCCCCCCCUCUCGUUUGGCGUGUCCCGCUGCUGGAAAGAUUCACGUUGACUCCAAGUGGCUGGCCUGGCCGCCUGUGCGUUGUCCUUCGCUGCCCGUAAACUACGAGCCGGGUUUUGUAUUAAAGUGGGAAUACGGGAAGAGAAAUGGUCAAUGUAGUUAGAAGACAUAAUUGGAGACGCCAAAACAGCAGGUGCACUUAUCCCAACGAUUCGGACCAUACCAUACAUUGUCAACACUAAGCCGACGGAGUUGAUCUUGAUGAAGACGUACGCCAGUCUUCUGUCGCCAGUUGCUCUGACAGCACCUUAGCCAUGGCUGACGCUCUUGAUCCCCAUGCCAAUUCCAAACGACGCUCCUCUUCCCAGACAUCCGUGUCUUCUAGACGAAGCCAUAGAAACAAGCAAACCCGAGCAAAAGCCGUCAAGCGACUCUCUACCUCCUCCUCCACCAAUACUCCCACCGACCUGACGUCGUUUCCUUCCCUCUCUCCUGACAUCUCACCAGAGGGUUUCCGGGGUGAGCCUGCUUUAAAUCAUGCUUUGAGUCAGGCGUUAUUGGAAGAGGAUAACACUCGCCAAAACGGCGAGAGAGGUCGUAAAGCAACACUUGAAGGCUUAACAACAUCGUUACCGCAGAUAUCUGGCCGUACUGCCCUGUUUAGUGACUCAGUCGCAUCUCGGGAUGUUCCGGGCUCACUCCAUCUUGCCAAUGACGACCAUAUCGAGCGCAUAAUUGCAAGGACUGGAGCGGUAAAAUUGGUCCGGCAGUUCGCCAGGGAUCUGGCACUUCGCGAUGCUGAAAUUUCAUCAAUCCGGCUACGCGCAGACGAGAGAGAGAAGGAAUUGAAGAAAAUGCUUCGAGAAGCGCAAAUAUCGAACCAGGCAAUCGAACACAGACUCUACAUUCUGGAAAACCCCGUUGUUAAAUCGAUAGAUGACAGUACAGAGAAUCUCGGCCCGUUAAGUGGAGUGAGAAAGGUGUCUCCCACAAUCGAUGAUAUGAUGAGCCAGGCUAUGAGUGAUGAUGUAGGAGCUCAGGUGAUGAACUCGUUACCCGAAGAGUACGACAAAGGGGACGGGGAUUUGCGCGACACAAUCCGUCCUACUCGAAAAUACAGCAAUCCUCGAUCCAGAAGCUCUAGUGCAGGGUCCACAACUAAAAAAAGAUCUUCUACUACUUUAGGUCGCGCCUGGCAGGGGUAUAUCUGGGGAAGUGCUACGGUUAGUCGGAAGACGAGCAAGGCGAGUAGCAUGAUGAGUGACUUGAAUGAGCAGGAUAGUGGUGAUGAUUUCCUGCAAAUGUCGGACCCAUCUGGAAAUCGUCGGAAGCCCUUAGACGAGCAUCUAUUUCAACCCCUGGAGGCGAUUCCACCUACAUUCGGCGCGGACGGCAAGGGCUCGACAAAAAUAAAAAACGGAGAUGCUGCGAGUGUCAAUUCUCGUCGUUCUUCGAGAUCCUUCGCAUCAUGGACCGUCAAAUUGUUUGCUGGGAAUCCCCAGGCUGGGAAGGAAGAUACUAACUCCCCAAGUGUCAAAAGCCGUCAUUCUUCCACUACGCCGAACUCGAGGGUCAGACAAACAUCGGCUAACGAGUCGACAAAACCUAGUGCAUCUGCAGUUCCUGCCCUGAAGCGUCUAAAUGGCACGGUCAGUGGGCAGACAGGAUCUACAAAGCCCUCCACCACAUCUAGUGUUCGAGGCUCUAGAACCAGCCUCUCUGGAGCUCGCCGGGAUGGCUUUUCUAGCUCUAGACAAGUCGGAACACCUGAGUCUAGGCCAACGGAUGAGAAUCCGACUACCCUGGGUCCUGUGGAGAUGGAUCCUAUAUUACCUAUGGAAUCUCGCCCACCAACACUCACACACAUAUAUAGAAAUUACCAACCGGGGGAGCUACUCACAGACCGAUUUGGUUUCAUCCAUGACCAAAGGAGGAAGAAGCGGCAGAGGGGAGCAGAUGCUUCCAACAGUGAUCCAUCCAGAAUAAGUACCACGGAAACAAUCAGUAGGAUCCGGAGCGAUCCAGAUCUGAACACAGGUCUUAACGCGGGCGACGCAGGGUCUCCCUCGGAUGCAACACCAAUUGAUACUGAAAACGGAAACAUUUCCACACGAAGAUGGCAAGAUUAUUUGAAAAUUGCUACUAAGCCAACUGAGCUUCUCUCCGACACUCCAGAAGCAGGUGCUAUUGUCGCAGUAUCCAAUGCUGCCGAACAGAAGCCACGCUCACCAUCUGUUGCUGUUCAAAAAGGAGGAUCAAUAUCUGUUGUCAAUUCCACACCACACGCAGCCGCACUUACGUCGCAGGUCGUGUCAAGCAAUGCAGAGUUUGCAGGGUCCGGAACGGAGGCAUUUGACUCUCUCGUUCCAGCGUCGGAACAGGAACCCGUUAAGCUCCUUUUGGAACGGCUAACUGAGCUUCACGAUUCCUUGCAACGGGACCGUACGGUAAAGUGGAAUGAAUUUUUGCGGAAAGUUCGUGCAGAGCGCCGAAAAGAGGGCGAAGCCUCUGAUCGACCCAGCGUAUCCCUUGCUAUGCCUGAAGUGUCGCUUGCAGUCGGAGAGGUUGUAGGAAUUACAGGCCUUGGUACCAAGGGUAAAGUCGGGCGUGCCAAAUGGCGCGAGUUUAGAGGUCUUGUUAUUGGAGGCAUUCCUGUCGCGUACCGAGCGAAAAUUUGGUCCGAAUGCAGUGGCGCCUCUGCAAUGCGAGUACCCGGGUAUUAUGAUGACCUUGUGAAGGGCAGCACGAGCUUAGACACAGAUCCAUCCGUCGUUUCCCAGAUAGAAAUGGAUAUUCAUCGAACACUGACUGAUAACGUCUUCUUUCGCAAGGGUCCUGGUGUUGAGAAACUGAACGAAGUCCUUUUGGCUUAUUCUCGCCGCAACCCCGACGUUGGCUAUUGUCAGGGUAUGAAUUUAAUUACCGGAUCGCUACUUUUGAUUAUGCCUACCGCUGAGGAUGCUUUUUGGAUUCUUGCAUCACUCAUCGAAAAUAUCCUUCCCGCCCACUACUACGAUCAUGGUCUACUCGCGUCGCGCGCUGAUCAGCAAAUUCUCCGACAAUACGUAGCUGAGAUCUUGCCUAAAUUAUCGGCACACCUUGACGAGCUAGGCAUCGAACUUGAAGCUCUGACCUUCCAAUGGUUUUUGUCUGCUUUCACUGACUGCCUCUCGGCGGAAGCUUUAUUCCGGGUUUGGGAUGUCGUUUUCUGUCUCAAUACCCCUACCGCAUCGGCUACUACUGCAGCCUUGACUCCCCAGGCCCAGUCCAACGCUCAAUCGCAGAGAGACAAUGCCGAGGGAGGCACCGUUUCGACCGGCUUAAUUUCCCAUACUAUCAACUCUCUAACAGGAUCUGCGCCAAAUUCGGAUGGUGACCCAUUAGCCACCAGUGGCGGUGGUGGGAGCACUUUCUUCUUCCAGGUUGCUGUGGCACUACUCAAACUUAAUGAACAGCAGCUUCUUACAACGUGCCCAACGCCCGCGGCUGUGUAUACGUACAUCAAUCAUCAGAUGACUAACCACGCAAUUAGCAUCGACGGACUCAUCCAAGCUAGCGAAGCGUUGAGAAAUGUGAUUAAGCAUGAAGACGUGUGUGCGAGGCGUCUUGUUGCCUUGAGAGAUAUGAAGGCGGAUAUGAGUGGUGGUGGAUAUGCCGGGAGCGUAAAAGCCGACGUUUCGAUUGGAGCCGCUGAUUCCCAGAAGUAGCACAGAACUUCUACAUAACCUUUUUUCCUUUUUUUUCCCUUUCCAUUUGCUUAUUUUGUUUUUAAUAUUUCUUUUCGUGGGUACGACGAGACCACCGUAUGGAAGACAGAAGAGCUUAUUAUUUCACGCCAGAUAUAUGGGAGGCGGAGAAUAGCAUCGCAUAGCAUAUGGCAUGCGAUUUGCGCGACAUUUUCUUCAACGUCUCCUCUUUAUCACUUGCUCCUCAAUACUAUAACACAUGGAUACAAUGCUCCUUUCCCUUUAUCUCUCUGUUAUCUCGUCCCUCUCUCUUUCACUUUUCUUUGUUUCUUUCUAUCUAUCAUAGCGUUGAGAUACCCACUCCUUUAUCAUAACAUUUUCCUAGUUUUCUAAAUAUUGAAUUUUCUGCCCUAGAUCUCGUUUCCUCUCCUUAUCUCUCAAUUUUAUCAUUCUGUCAUUCCACUUUAUUUUCAUGUUCAUUUUAUUAUUUUACUAUUAUUGCUAUUUCUUUCCGUCUGAUAUAAAUUAUCAUGAAUUGGAUUGGCGAUAUUAGGUUUUUCUAGAUCGUCAUAUCCACCCCCCCUCCUUUCCUGCACUCUUUCCACCUUGAUAGGAUUCACUAUUGUCUAGGCGACUUGAAAUGAAGAGAUUCUGCUUCAGGGGUAGUUGAGAAAGGGAGUAACUGAACACGGUGGAACUUCAUUCCCCCCCCCCCCCCCUCUUUUUUGGAGUAUGUAACCUGAGAAGGAAAAGAUGAUAUCUCAGUUACCCGCAGUAGCUAAACCAAAGUAUUACCUAGAUAAUUAAUUGAUUUAGUUGCGUUACAAACUGCAAGAAAUCGAAGUUUGAUGUCCACCUAAGCUCUACCAAUGCAACUGCUUGGAAGAAACUGAGUUGUUUUUCCAGCUGAAGCCUGAACCAUUAUGUAUGUACAAGUUUGUCAAGAAAAUCUAAGGGGAUGAUCAAGUUUUUGUGUACCGUACGCCCUCAGAAGCUGAGUUUAUCUGAUAUAUUGGCCCGUGUCUUGAAGAAGUUGGAGAUGAGAUUGAAACGAGAACAUCACGCACGUACUGUUCUAUCCUUAUUACAUGCCUCUUUUGCCAGCAACAUCUUUUUUGCUUUCCUUCUAUCCUAUUCUAACCCUUUCACAGUCCC